AAGUGCAAAGCUAGCUAUGGAGAUGGAGCCAAAAUAGAGUUCUAAAAUUCUAGUAAUAAAUGGAUUCCUUUGCCCUGUUUCGCGUACAAAUCGAUAUUAAAGAACACAGCAAUUUACUGAAAUCUCCAGCGGAGCAGCUUCAGAAUCGCUGAGCGGAAUUUGGAAGAACAAAAACCUAACAUCGGCAUCUUCCCUUCCACUCUACCCUACCUACCAAAUCAAAGCAGACCUACUAUUUUAAUAUUUAAUAUACUUUCCUUUUCUGAGUGCUGAUUUUCUAAUAUAAGAGAAGGGAAAGAGGAAAAAGGAAACCCUUGCCUGCGAGAAUCGGAUUCACUCACCUACCUACCAUUCCUUUUGUUUUAGUAUUUCCCCCUUCCAUUUUAAGGGUUGUUAAAAUUUCAUCCAUCUGUUGUUUCUAUCGCUUCUUUUCUUUGGAUUCUUCGCAAGUUUUCGUUUUUUCUUACACCCUCUUCUUGAAAAUGGGGUUUUACGUUCCUGUUUGUUCAAAAUCGAUUACUUACUUCACAAUCGCCCUCAGUUUUCUUGAAGCAAUGGAAAAACGGAUUGAAUAGCCUUAGAACAAAGGCGUUUUAUUUUUUCUAGCAAUUUUCUCUGUUUUUAUUUUUAAUUUUGCUAUUUUUCAAUUAUGAGCAAGAAAGGAAUGGCGUUGUUUGAUGAUAAGAGAUAUGGGUUUUUCUCCAUAUGUGAUUUGGGGUCUCAAUGGAGCCUCGAACCGAAUAGCUCUUAUCCAGGCGGCUUAUUUGCAAGCGUUGGUCAAAUGGGAAUGGGAUUUGGCGUUUCGCCCAACUCUCCAAAUCCCCCUGACAAUGGUGGGACCAAACCUCCAUUUUCCGAUUUGUUUGCCAAGUAUUUACCGGUCCGGGUUGUAGGAUGGCUGGAAGAUGAAGCAGCGUCGAAAAAGAAGAAGAAAAAGAAAGGUGGCCUAAAACUGAAAAUCAAGGUUUCCGAUCCUUCAUUAAGAAGGUUAAUAAGCGGUGGCAUCGCCGGGGCUGUUUCAAGGACUUGCGUUGCGCCACUAGAGACAAUAAGGACGCAUUUGAUGGUUGGGAGCAGUGGGAAUUCUACAAAUGAGGUGUUCCAUAAUAUAUUGCAGACUGAUGGGUGGAAAGGCUUAUUUAGGGGUAAUCUUGUUAAUGUGAUUCGAGUUGCACCUAGCAAGGCCAUUGAGCUAUUUGCUUUCGAUACGGUGAAUAAGCUGUUGUCACCCAAACCUGGGGAAGAAUCAAAGAUUCCAAUUCCUGCCUCGUUAGUUGCCGGGGCCUGUGCUGGAGUCAGCUCAACUUUGGUGACCUAUCCUCUUGAGUUGGUCAAGACUCGAAUAACCAUUGAGAAGGACAUGUAUGAUGGUAUACUUGAUGCUUUCUUAAAAAUACUACGAAAGGAGGGCCCUGCUGAACUUUACCGUGGCCUUGCUCCUAGUCUCAUUGGAGUAAUUCCGUAUGCUGCCACUAAUUAUUUUGCAUAUGAUACCUUACGGAGAUUAUACCGUAAAAUUUCUAAAGAGGAGAAAAUUGGGAACAUCGAAACACUUUUAAUUGGAUCACUAGCUGGGGCCAUUUCAAGUAGUGCUACGUUCCCGCUGGAGGUGGCUCGUAAGCACAUGCAGGUUGGAACUCUAAGUGGAAGACAGGUAUACAAGAAUGUGGUGCAUGCACUCUCAAGCAUUCUCGAACAAGAAGGGAUUCAUGGUCUGUAUAAAGGUCUGGGUCCGAGUUGCAUGAAGUUGGUACCUGCAGCUGGAAUUUCUUUCAUGUGUUAUGAAGCAUGCAAACGGGUACUGGUUGACAAAGAUGACGACAACUCAUAGAGUUUCUGGUCAAGAUAGAACAACAAUAACUCAUCUUUUGGAACACAACAAUGAGACGACAUAUUGUUUUAGGUUCAUCUUUUUUUUUUUUAAAGAUUUUUCUCCUGCCGAAUUAUUUUUGUUGAGGGAUUAGUUCAGGUUGCGCAUUUGCAAGGGAAGAAAUAAUGAUGCAAGUCAAAUUAGUUGGCAUACUGUUUUCUUUGGCCUUGAGAUGAGACAGAUAACUUUAUGUUUUAUGAACGGAAAAAAACUUGAGUAAUGUUUUAGCAACUUGUUUAAGUGGGUUACACUUUUUGAUCC